AUGUUCGAGAUUGUUGACCGUGAAUUGGAGUGUGUGUAUUACACCAGUAAUAUCCUGCCGUAUUUCGAAUUACUCCCCAAUUUCAGCUACAAAACUCGGCCCGAAAAGAUGGGCUUUGUUCACAGCGACGAAUACUACAGAUGCUGCUGCAUGAGACAUGUUCAUGUAAGUUGAUUUUUGUUUGGAAUUUGCAAGGGAAAUUUUCGAAAUGUUAUGAAAAAAUUUUGAUGCCACUUGGUGCAAGUUUAGAGCAUGAUUUUUUAGUCCGCUUUUUCAAAAAAUGCGCAGAUUUUCUCGCCUUCUGCCGCGACACACAGAGCCUUUUGCCUUUUUCGUAAACACACAGUAAAUUUUCCUUUUAACUAGUCGUUCCAUAAAGUGCGUAGACGUUUUUUCGCAACCUUUCCGCAUUGUGCAUUACACCCUUUUGGCGUGCCCACACUUGCGGGCACCCACUUUGCGGACAGCUUGAAAAACCACGGAGAUUCUGCGGACAUGUUGUGAAAUCAGCCAAAAUUUGCUUACAACUGGAGAACCAAACGAUGGGCUUGACGAUUAGAUGUUGCGGAUUAAGUUUCCAGGUGUAUAAGUGACUUGAAUAGUAAUCACAAGCUUAUACAGGCGUUUUUUACCAUUUUUUUGAAAACAAACUUCCAUAACUUUGAAAGCAGUGGAUGAAUUUAACAGAUUGACUUCACCAAAAUCUACCUUUUCUCCCUUUAGGAAACUAAAUUAUUUCCCGAACGCCUUCAAAUGUUGAUUUCCUUCUCUCUUUUGGCUGUAUUGCAUUACCUUUAUCGGCAAAUAGGGAAGAGGAAGUCGUAUUAUUUAUGUAAUUUGUCAUUGUUUUUCUUUGCAAAAAUUGAAUUCCUAGAACCCUGAGGGUGGAAAUGUUGACACAACGAAGCCUCUGGCACCCAUUCUUAAGGGGUCAAAAAUUAAAUUUGUUAUAGACGGUUUUCAUUGUACCCGAAGAUGAAAAUGUCAUGGUAAUUCGGCUCUUUUCAGAAAGGCUGUUUCGUCAUCGGUGUGAUCGGCUUUGUGCUGGCGGUGAUCACAGCGAUAUGCACCUUCAUGGAUGGACUCAUUUUGUUGGGGAUUGGGGCCGCAAUCCACGCAUUUUGUUACUUCUUACUGCUCGUUGGAAACCGCCUCAGGAUACACAAACUCUUCUUGCCAAUUCUUGUUGUUGGAGUAAGUUUAAUUUUUUGCUCCGCUCCGGAAAUCUCUCCGGACAGUUUUUUGCUGGGAAGCCUUACAGUUACUCUGAAAUUUUCUUUGCUGAACUUGUCACGGCAUGUAUUCUUUAUAACUUUUUUGAUCUUUUUGAAAGCGCUCCGUUUUGCUCCGCUCCGGAGUUUGUUUUAGCAGUUGUUCCAAAACAUUCUGCAAUUAAUCUACAGGGAUUUUCAUGACAUGUCUUAAUUAUAUAUUUUAUAUUCUUUGCGAAAAGCUCCGUUUUGCUCCGCUCGAUCCAAAUUUUCGAUAUUUUGCUCCACUCCGGAGUUUGUCGUGGAAAUUGCUCGAAGAUUUUAUUCAAUGAGUCUACAAGGAUUUUCAUACCAUGAAUGCUUUCUAGCUUUUCCAUUAUCCUCAAAAAUGCCCCAUCUAGCUCCGCUCCACCCAACUUUUUUUUGCUCCGCUCCGGUGUGUGUCUUAAAGUGCCAAUACCUUUUGUAAUGAAUCUACAGGGGUCUUCAGAACAUAUGCCCUUUCAACAUCAACCAUUUUUUCGAAAAGUCUUCGUUUUGCUCCGCUCCAUCCGACUCUUCUCUCCUUUUGCUCUGCUCCAAAUUUCUCUCCCAAACUAAGCCCGCAACUUUUUUCAGAUAAUUGCCAUAAUCGUCUACGCCGUCUUCGCGGUCCUGCAGAUCAUCUCAUUGCUUCAGCUGAGCGAAGAGUCGGCUCCCGUUGAAGAUGAGCACUACUACAACAACCGGCUCUCCCUUCUCAUCAUGAACCUCGUGUUUACAGUCCUCUCGUUGCUCUUCUCCACGUACGCCUUCUACGUGAUCUACCGUGACUAUUGGUACUUGCGGGACGAACCGAAAAAAGUGGGCGCGCACAAGGUUGUGACCGAAGUCAGCGUGGUCCAGCGGACGCCCGACAAUCGCAUGGUGAACCGCGAGUUCAUUGUGGUCGAUAAGCAAAGCACUUCCACGGCGUCCACUCAUUCAUCAUGA